GCGGCUCCGCGGCGGGCCGGGCCGCGCGCCACCAUGCUGGGCCUGGACGCGUGCGAGCUGGGGGCGCAGCUGCUGGAGCUGCUCCGGCUGGCGCUGUGCGCCCGAGUCCUCCUGGCCGACAAGGAGGGUGGGCAGUCGAAGCCUGACGAGGCGCUCGAGGAGGAGGUGCUGGACGAGGCCGUGCCGGGCUACCAGGCCCCGCGCAGGAAGAGCGUGCUGGAGAUCCUGCAGCUGGACCCGGGGGACGCCAGCCUGCUCACGUACAAGCGGGUGCUGCUGGGGCCCCCGCCGCCUGUCGUGGACCCCAGCCUGCCCGACGUGCAGGUGAUGAGGCUGACGCUGCUGUCCGAGCAGGCCCCGGCGCCCGUCACCAUGGACCUCACAGGGAACCUGGCUGCGCUGAAGGACCAGGUGUUUGUGCUGAAGGAGGGCGUGGAUUACAGAGUAAAGAUCACCUUCAAGGUGAACAGGGAGAUCGUCAGCGGCCUCAGGUGUGUGCAUCACACCUACCGGCGCGGCCUGCGUGUGGACAAGGCCGUCUGCAUGGUGGGCAGUUACGGCCCCAGGGCCCAGGAGUACGAGUUUGUGACGGCCAUGGAGGAGGUGCCGCGGGGCCUGCUGGUGCGGGGCCCCUACGUGGUCUCCUCGCUCUUCACGGAUGACGACAGGACCAGACACCUGUCCUGGGAAUGGGGCCUCCUCAUCUGCCGGGACUGGGCCGACUGAGCCCCCGGGCUGCCCUCCGUGGGGUCCUUGUCUCCCCACCUCCUGCAGUUGCUGCACCGGGACCCCCCCCACGCACCCCCGCCCUCUGUCCAUGGCCCCGCCCCCGCUGCCCCUUGGGCCUGCUGCCGUGCCCUGAACAGCCCUAUUAAACGUUCCCCUGU